AUGAAAUAUAAGGUUAAAGACAUCGAUGCCGAGAGUCACCACUCCGGGAAGACUUCAGACAGAAACUUAGAAGAAAAAUUAGAACGCACUGUGCGAUGUUCGUCGGUGCUGAUCUGCGCACUUGGUAUAUCCCUCAUAGCACUCGCCGUCUACACCGCAGUGCUCGUGCUCACUGAAUACCGGAGCCCACGCCCAUGUCUCAGCGAAGAAUGCGUAGGAACUGCCUCCAGAAUUCUCAAAGCACUAAACAAAGACGUCAACCCAUGCACCGAUUUCUACGAAUUUGCUUGCGGUGGAUGGAUCAAACAAAACCCUGUACCUGACUGGGCGACGUCUUGGGACCAACUAGCCAGGUUAAGGGAACAGUUAGUCAUGGACCUCAGGGAACUAUUGGAGGCUAAAAGUGAUGAGGGAUUACCGGAGAGUGUGGUGAAAGCCAAGUCGCUGUAUAGAACCUGUGUUAAUACUGAGAAACUAGAAGUCGACGGAAUCAAGCCCAUCGAAGGUAUCCUGCAAAGGCUGGGCUUACCUCCUCGUCCACCUACGGAGAGUACUGCCAACUUUUCGUGGGUAGAAGUCGCCGGUCUUGGAAGAAGAGUUCUUGGACUAAAUGUGCUGCUUAGUGUGCAAGUCGCAGAAGAUGUCAGAAACACCAGCAGAAAUCGUGUGGUUAUCGAACAAGUAUCACCAGGUUUCAGCGACCGUUAUCUCCUUCAACCAGAACAAUUCUCCCACGAGUUGGAGCAGUACCACAAAUACAUUAAGUCCAUGAUCAGCAUUGCGGACAAUACAACCGAUGCGGGACAGUUUGCUGACGAUAUCAUCGACUUUAGCAAGAAAUUGGCUAAGAUAAUGACACCAGUUGAAGUGAGGCGUAGCGGCACCCACCUGUUCCACGAAGUGAGCGUUCAGCAGCUUAUACAAGGAUCGAGUAGCGGACCUGUACAGUGGAAAGAGCACGAUUGGAAGCGUUACUUGGAGCUGGUUUUCUCAAACACGAGCGUGGAACUGCACCCGAACACAGACCGAGUGAUCGUCAUGGACCUGCCUUAUCUGCAGAAGUUGUCCAUCCUGCUCUCUGACACUAAACCAGUGAUUAUCGAGCGGUUCCUGUGGUGGAGCGUGUUCUCGACGAUGGCGCCGAUGACGCUGGGCGCGUUCCGCGAGCUGGGCUUCGAGUUCUCUCGCGCCGUGUUCGGGCUGCAGCAGCGCACCCCGCGCUGGAAGAGCUGCACCGCCAACGUCAACGCCAACUUCGGCGUCGCGCUCAGCUACCUCUACGUCAAGACGCACUUCGACACCACCUCGCGCCAGAAGGCAAUAGAAAUGAUAGAGGAUGUUCGGUCAGCCUUCGCCGAGGCAGUCCAAGAGUUAGACUGGAUGGAUUCCAGCACCAGACUGAAGACCCUGAGCAAACUUAAGGCCAUCCGAAAUUUUGUGGGCUUCCCAUCGUGGUUACUCACUCAUGAACAACUGGAUAAGCAUUAUAAACAUGCGUCUGUCAUGGAAGGGAACUUGUUUGAAACGUAUUUGAUAUUGACGUCGGCUGCCGUUAAGAAGUCUUUGGAGUCUCUCAGAGAAAAACCGGAUAGGAACAGGUGGGUGGCGACGGCGACGACGGUGAACGCGUUCUACUCGGCCACGCUCAACUCCGUCACGUUCCCGGCCGGCAUCCUGCAGCCGCCCUUCUACGGGAACGGCAUCGAAGCAAUCAACUACGGGUCUAUUGGUGCCAUAAUGGGUCACGAAGUCACACAUGGAUUUGAUGAUCAAGGUCGGAGGUACGACGAGGAGGGCAACCUGAAGCAGUGGUGGUCGGCAGCCACCCUGGAACACUACCACUCCAAGGUCCAGUGCAUCAUCGACCAGUACAGCAAGUACCACAUGCCGCAGCUACCCAACUAUACCGUGCACGGGUUCAACACGCAGGGCGAGAACAUCGCGGACAACGGCGGGCUGCGAGCGGCCCUCCGCGCCUACAACUUAUUCUCGACGCGCACACCCAUCACGCGGCGGGACGCGCUGCCCGGCCUGCCCGCCUACACGCCCGACCAGCUCUUCUUCCUGGGCUUCGCGCAGAUCUGGUGCGGAAACUCAACGGUGGGUGCUCUGAAAUCCAAAAUGGUGGAGGGCGUCCACAGUCCGAACAAAAUCCGUGUGAUAGGCACCCUCAGCAACUCCAAGGAGUUCGCGGAGGCGUGGAACUGCCCGCAGGGCUCGCCCAUGAACCCCCCCCACAAGUGUGUGCUGUGGUGA